AUGGCAAUACCUUCUCCAGUCGUUCGUGUGUGGCUAGCCAUUGCAUUCUUGGUGGUCGUAAACGUCGUCUUGCCGCUUGUGGUGUACUCCAUCUUGGCCCAAUACAUGUCAGAGUCCCUUGCGUUAGUCGUGUCAAGCAUCCCACCCACUUUGUACACACUUGGCAAGAUCAUGCAGGAGCGUGUGUGCGAUGCCAUUUCGACGCUGUCUGUGGCGUCCAUCUUGUUGUCCGCCGUCAUUUGCGACCUCACUGACGACGCGCGGCUGCUGUUGGUCAAAGACUCUGUGUUCACCGUCGGUUUUGGCAUCACGUACUGGGCAUCGCUAUGCUCCAGCGAAGAUUUGCUGUGGUCGUACCAGCGCCGCUUCCGCGGGACGGCCGACACCGCUGAACUCCGAGCAAAGUACGCACAGACGCACAUUCGAUCGGUGUCCAGGUUCAUGUGCAAAGUGUGGGGCUCGGCACUCAUCGUCGAAGCAGGCGUCCGCCUCGCGCUCAUCUAUAUUAUUCCGGUGCAAGUGAUGCCGUAUGUAAGCACGGGACUCAUGGUCGUCAUGUUCGUGUCGUUAUUCACGUGGACGUCAUGGUACCGACGGACACAUCACCAGUCGGCCGUGGGGGCCGUUGUGGAUGAGACUGGAGCGAAUGAACCAUUGCUGCUGUAG